UAACAAAGGACCUUCAAGGAUGUUGUUUAGAUUCUAUUGACACAAUAUCCACCCCAGACAACUCAAUGAACAUUUGAGACAUAGCAUGAAGGGGCAGCUUCAAUACUUCUUUGAUUUAUUCCUCUUCCGUUUGUGUUGACAAGGUUAUUUCUGCAGAAAUAGUAUUUGUACAAGAGAAGUAACAAUAUCCUGUCCUUGACUUUAACUCACAGCUGUCUAAUGUCACACACAAGACACUUCUAAAUAACAUGUAGUUGUAGAGAGAAGAGAGUCAAGGUCAAGGUCAGUGUCAGUCCCAGUCUUGCUGUUUUCUCUCGUGUCCAAUAUUAUACAAAUUAUUACUCUUGACAAGGUUUCUGUGGAAACAGGACCCGAGGACUGACCCUCGAGGUGGUUUGACUGGACCGAGGUCACAGUUCUCAGUCCUGUCAGACCGCUGAAGGGGUUUGGUCCUCAGGUCCUGGUUUUCAUGUAUUGACCUCAUCCAGAGUAAUCAUUGGUUUUGUUAUACUGAAAUUAGCUUUAAAGUUCAUGAAGUCUUUAAAACGUCCUCUGUUAUAGUUAGCUGCAAAUCGUAAAUGUUCUUACGAGACACCCUCUAGUUUUCUAGCAGACAAAUUAAUAUUCAUCACGUGACAGGUCAAUAUUGAUCAUGUGAUGAGUCAAUAUUCAAGGUCAGUGUUAGUCACAUGAUUUCAGGAUUUACAUUGAAAUUUAUUUUGUCACGUGGUUCAGAUAAACCAAUGGAAUUGCAGGAUUCUUAAUAGAGGUAUAACAAAACAAUUUAUAUAUAUACCAACAAGGACAGAUCUAUACCAACAAGACAGAUCUAUACCAACAAGGACAGAUCUAUACCAACAAGGACAGAUCUAUGCCAACAAGGACAGAUCUAAACCAACAAGACAGAUCUAUACCAACAAGGACAGAUCUAUACCAACAAGGACAGAUCUCUACCAACAAGACAGAUCUAUACCAACAAGACAGAUCUAUACCAACAAGACAGAUCUAUACCAACAAGACAGAUCUAUACCAACAAGGACAGAUCUCUACCAACAAGACAGAUCUAUGCCAACAAGGACAGAUCUAUGCCAACAAGACAGAUCUAUACCAACAAGACAGAUCUAUACCAACAAGACAGAUCUAUACCAACAAGACAGAUCUCUACCAACAAGACAGAUCUAUGCCAACAAGGACAGAUCUAUGCCAACAAGACAGAUCUAUACCAACAAGGACAGAUCUCUACCAACAAGACAGAUCUAUACCAACAAGGACAGAUCUAUGCCAACAAGACAGAUCUAUGCCAACAAGACAGAUCUAUACCAACAAGGACAGAUCUCUACCAACAAGACAGAUCUAUACCAACAAGACAGAUCUAUACCAACAAGGACAGAUCUAUACCAACAAGGACAGAUCUAUACCAACAAGGACAGAUCUAUACCAACAAGACAGAUCUCUCCCAACAAGACAGAUCUAUACCAACAAGGACAGAUCUAUGCCAACAAGGACAGAUCUAUACCAACAAGGACAGAUCUAUACCAACAAGACAGGUCUAUACCAACAAGACAGAUCUAUACCAACAAGACAGAUCUAUACCAACAAGGACAGAUCUAUACCAACAAGGACAGAUCUAUACCAACAAGACAGAUCUAUACCAACAAGACAGAUCUAUACCAACAAGGACAGAUCUAUGCCAACAAGGACAGAUCUAUACCAACAAGACAGAUCUAUACCAACAAGACAGAUCUAUACCAACAAGGACAGACCUCUACCAACAAGACAGAUCUAUACCAACAAGGACAGAUCUAUACCAACAAGACAGAUCUAUACCAACAAGGACAGAUCUCUAGUAACAAGACAUCCAUACCAACAAGACAGAUCUAUACCAACAAGGACAGAUCUCUACCAACAAGACAGAUCUAUGCCAACAAGACAGAUCUCUACCAACAAGACAGAUCUAUACCAACAAGACAGAUCUAUACCAACAAGGACAGAUCUAUACCAACAAGGACAGAUCUAUACCAACAAGGACAGAUCUAUACCAACAAGGACAGAUCUCUACCAACAAGACAGAUCUAUACCAACAAGGACAGAUCUCUACCAUCAAGACAGAUCUAUACCAACAAGACAGAUCUCUACCAACAAGACAGAUCUAUACCAACAAGGACAGAUCUAUGCCAACAAGGACAGAUCUAUACCAACAAGGACAGAUCUAUACCUACAAGACAGAUCUAUACCAACAAGACAGAUCUAUACCAACAAGGACAGAUCUAUGCCAACAAGGACAGAUCUAUACCAACAAGGACAGAUCUAUACCAACAAGACAGAUCUAUACCAACAAGACAGAUCUAUACCAACAAGACAGAUCUAUACCAACAAGACAGAUCUAUACCAACAAGACAGAUCUAUGCCAACAAGGACAGAUCUAUGCCAACAAGGACAGGUCUAUACCAACAAGACAGAUCUAUACCAACAAGACAGGUCUAUACCAACAAGGACAGAUCUCUACCAACAAGACAGAUCUAUACCAACAAGGACAGAUCUAUACCAACAAGACAGAUCUAUACCAACAAGACAGAUCUCUACCAACAAGACAGAUCUAUACCAACAAGACAGAUCUCUACCAACAAGGACAGAUCUCUACCAACAAGACAGAUCUAUACCAACAAGACAGAUCUCUACCAACAAGGACAGAUCUAUACCAACAAGGACAGAUCUAUGCCAACAAGGACAGAUCUAUACCAACAAGGACAGAUCUAUACCAACAAGACAGAUCUAUGCCAACAAGACAGAUCUAUACCAACAAGGACAGAUCUCUAGUAACAAGACAGAUCUAUACCAACAAGGUGUUUGGUGCUAUGCAGGAGCUUUAACCUCAUUUUGCUGCUUCAUUAAACUAAGGAAUAGAAAUGUGGCUAGUUUAAUCUUGACUACUUGGUACCGUGCUAUUUUGUAUGUAUGCCAUGUAUUGAUGGAGUAUUUCCUACAUUGUACAUGUAUUUCAUGUAUUGCUCACCUUUUCUCAAUCAUGUCGAUAAUAAUCAUUUCAGUCCUGGAGUAAAGAAUUGUUGAUAUGUCA